CAAUUUGGGGAGCAGAACGCGCACGUCGUCGCCAGACUAUUAACAAUUGCUUCCACGAUGAGACUGCAUUUGGCCCUGAUCCUUGGAUUUUGGCUGGCUGAGUUGGCCCAUUCGCAGGGCACCAAGUACGGACUUUGGACUCCCGAUCGGGCAUACUCCGAUUCCCAGCCCAUCCAAUGGACCGGCGGUCAAUUCGAGUUUCCGUGCGCCAGCACCAAGUCACUUUUUAAGAGUUCCGGAAAGUUUAUACCCAAGAAUGUGAUUGCCACGAGGGCUCAGCUCAUUGGCGACACCAUCUACUUGGCACUGCCUCGCUACCGGAAGGGUGUUCCGGCCACGCUGGUCAAGACCAAUGUAAAACCCGGCACCUGCUCCACCACCUUCAAGCCCUACCCCUGCUGGGAUCUUCAGGAGGAGGGCAACUGCAAAGCCUUGCAAUCUGUUGUGGAUUUGGUAGUGGAUCAGAAUGAGGUGCUCUGGGUCUUGGACACUGGUAUUGUGAACACCCUGGAGACUCCGGUGCGCAAGUGUCCACCCAAAGUGGUGGCCAUGUCGGUGAAAACAGGCAAGGUGCUGAAAACCGUCUCUCUGGAAGGUCUAACAUCCAGCAGUUCCCGUCUGCAAUACCUGGUGGUGGAUUACGCCCCCGAUGGAGGAUGUUUCGUCUACGUCAGUGAUGCUGCCAAUCGGGCUAUCAUCGUGUAUAACCUUCAAGCGGAUCGAGGAUUCAGGGUUGUGCUGCCCAAGGCUGUUACUGCCGGCUGUCGGUCAAGGGAUGUGCUCUAUAUAGCCCUCAUCCGCAGGGAUUGUGGCUCCACUGAGCUUUACUUCACCUACCUGAGCACCAGCAAGCUGUUCUCUCUGAAAUCGGAGUAUCUACGCAGUGGAGUGGCUGAUGGACGUAUUUUGGAUCUUGGCAAGAAACCCAGUCGCAUGGUCAUCAUUGGCACGGACAAUGGCUCGGCGAUUUUCUUCCGGAACGAGGGCGAUGCGGAGGUCUACCGCUGGGACACCAACUCUACAUUUGCGGAGACCAACUUCAAGCCAGUUUACCGCAGCCAGACCUGUCAGCUGGUGACCCAUGCCGUGCCAGAUUACAAGCGGAAUACGAUGCGAGUCCUGCAGAGCAAUUUCCCCGAUUACAUGCAGAAUCGCGUCGGCUGCGGGGCUAUCCAGCAGUUGGGGCUGAUGCAAGGUUGUUGGUAACCAAGUUAACACCCACUUUAUGGCCACCGAACCACCCAAUCUACUGGAUUGGACAACGAACUGAAAACUGAAAGAGCCAAUGCAGUUAGAUUGGCAAUAACCGAGAAUGAGUCGCUUUUUUGUGGGCCCUCGAGGGCAGUUGGUAUUUGGUAUUGGUAUUUUGUAAAUAAACUAACGACUUUGGUCGCUUUUGUUGUUAUCUAAGCUAAGCAAAUAAACGUUUCGUUUUUGUGGA